AUGUCGCUAGCUAAAACACAGUUGAAGGCUGCCCGAGACUACAUUUCAAAGAAAGACUACAUCAAUGCGAAAAGGGCAGCAACCCAAGUCUUAGACUUCGAACCUGAAAACUACAACGCUCAUGUUUUCCUUGCCUUAUCACUAUCGGAAAUGGGAGAGUUGGAUGAGAGCGAGCGAAUCUAUCGAAAGGCCACCGAGUUGAACCCGACACAACCUCUCGCAUGGCAGGGAAUUUCCAACCUCUAUGAGCGACAGAAAGAUUGGGAUAAGCAAGCUACCACGUUUAUCCAGCUACUAACACUGUUUAACAAAUCUAAAGACGCAAUCAAGCUCGCAGAGGUUUUGCAGAAGCUAAUAUCUUUAUAUCGCAACCAUGGUACCCAAAGCCAAUUAAUAUCUGGUCUUUCAUACUAUCUUCCCGAUUCUGAGUUUUACCCCCUUCUUUUGACCCUUCCACCGCCCGAUGCCACAAAUCCAGCUGGAUCCACCACAUUUGAUUCUCAAAACGCGAUACACAAUGGUUUCCGGAUUCUCGAAGAAGUAUUGUAUCUUUCAGAGAAGUUAGAAGAUGACACUUUCCAAAAGGAAUUAGAGAGACGAAGGACUCGCCUCGGUGCACCUAGUAUACCCUGCCUAUAUGAAUCUAUCCUCAACCACCCUAAUACUUCUGAUGAGGUGCGUGGUGAAGUGGAGGCGAAGCAGCUUAGAUAUAAGCAAAGACAACUUUUUUCCAUACCGCCUUCAAAUCAAACCCUUAAAUGCAAGGUAUACACAGAAUUGAAGGAGAUUGUAGAAGGGAUCGUGCUUCUCAAGAAACCAGAUGAUCUGGGCUGGAAAUUAUAUUUCGAAGAACAGGAUUGUGAAGAAAUCCCUGAAUAUGGUCGCAAUUAUGUGCAACAAUACAUCAGACUUUUUCCGGAAUCAGCACUGGCUUCUGCCUUUAAAGGAUAUUUUUCCUACAGACGGGAGACACUUUUCGAAGGUGAAGAAGAUGCGGAACUGUAUACCUUGACUGACGAAGACCCUGUUGAUACCCUACUAAACGCCUUUGCCAACUUGCCCGAUUCUGUGCUUAUGGCCCGAUUACUUGGAGAUGUAUACCUUGAAGAGAAAGACUAUGAAAAUGCAAUUAAAAUCUCUAAACAAGGUUUGCAAUUAUUGAGUCGACUCGAGUUUGAUAUAGGGAAACAUCUAUGCAAGACGCGUACAGGCUUCCAGGUGAUCCUUGCGACAUCUUUGGUACACUUCUUUCCUCCAAAACACCACAAAGAAGCAACUCGUAUUGUCGAUGACAUCCUAACAAGAUCUCCCAAGAAUGCAUUGGCUUUGAUGGACCGCGCUUAUAUCCUACAGGCCGCAUCAAGUUGGGCAGAAGCUGGCGCCGUCUUUGUCCAAGUAUCUUCCUUGCUUUCUGAACACUCUGAAAUUGGUAUGCGUGCCAAAGAAGAGAGUGCAUGGUGUAAAUGCCAAUUGGGGCAAUACGAAGCAGGCGGGGAGGAGCUACAUCAUGUUUUGGACGCUCUGAACAAUUUGGAAGGUGAAGAGUACAAUUCGGAUCGAGCCCGAUGCCUGUGGAGAAUUGGCAAGUGCAAUAUGGACAUUGGAGGAACAAAUAUACAAUCUGCCUACAAAUACUUUAUCAACUCGCUAAAGCAAGAUUCUGAGUUUGCUCCCGCCUUUACAUCUCUGGGCAUAUACUACCUUGAAUACUCUGCUCCACCAGACCCGAUACGCUCGUCUAAAUGUUUCCAAAAAGCAUUUGAACUAGAUGCCCGGGAGACGAUUGCAGCCAGACGCCUGGCGGAGGGUUUUGCCAACGAAAGAGAAUGGGAUCUAGUUGAGGUCGUCGCACAGAGAACAAUAGACGGAGAGGGUGGUCUAAAUGCUGGACUGGCUAAAGCUGAGCUAGAUGCAUCUAGCAGGUACCUUCCUACUAACUCAUGGGCGUGGAAAGCAGUUGGUCUGGUUAAAUUGCACUAUAAAGAUUACACUACUGCUAUUCAGUCCUUUCAAAUUGCCCUUCGAGUCGAACCUGAGGAUCAACCUUUAUGGGUAAACUUAGGUGAGGCAUAUCACAAAGCAGGGAGGCAUGUCGCUGCUUUGAAGGCAUUAAACCACGCUCUUCAAAUGAAACCCGAUGACUGGCUCUGCUCAUACACUAUCGCUGAUGUCAAACAAUCAUUGGGUCUUUUUGGAGAAUCUAUCGCGAUAUUGGAAAAGAUCCGGACUCUUCGCCCAGACGAAGCCGGCGUUUUGGUUAAGCUGGCUCAGGCGUAUUUGGACCUCGGUCGUACAGAGAUUUCGGAUGGAUUUCUAAUUCGUGCGGAGCAAUCAUUUGUCAAUGCCAUCGACGUGGCUCUUGACAUGAUGACUCGUGUAUCCGGCUUUCGUACCAUGGCAUGGAAAAUCAUCGCAAACGCCGCUUUUCAUCUCUCUUCCUUUGUGGUCUACAACAACGAAGCCACAUUAUGCAGAGUACUGCAGGCGAUACCUUUCAUUGCCCCUCGAGAGUUGACCGAGCAGCUUGAUAAAAUCGUUCCGGUACCAUCAUUCCAAAAUGAUGUUCCGUUGAAUGGCCUACAGAUCCUGGCAGUUUCUGUUCAUGCAGCAUUAUCUCAGAUAUCAUUGAAUCCUGGGAAGCAGAUCAAUAAUUCGUGCGCAUGGUACGAUUUGGGUGUAGCUUUGCAGCUAUGGGUGAAGAAGUCGCCCCCUUCUUUGGAUGUGACGUCGGCAAAAGAGAAAAUUAUCGAAUAUCUCAAAACUGCGCUGCAGUUGGACGCUUCAAAUGAUAUGUACUGGGUAGCCUUAGGAAACGCGUACUUCCUUUCGCAUGCGAAAGCCGCCCAACAUGCGUAUAUCAAAGCAUUGGAAAUCGAUACCAAAAACCCGAAAACUUGGAUUAAUCUAGGAUUUUUGUACUUUUAUCACGGAGAUGUUGAGCUGGCAAAUGAAGCAUUUUACCGCGCGCAGGUGCUGGAUGCGGAUAAUACUCUUGCGUGGGUUGGUCAGUUUUUGGUUGCGACCGCCAGUGGGGACAUGGCAGAGUCGGUCUUGUUACUUGAGCAUGCUGUUGGGUUGCCGACUCCAGUGUCCGAAGGAGAUUACGAAUUUUCAUCUCAAGUAUUCCUAUCUGCAAAAAAAUUGACGAAAAAUGACAAAUUUCAAGAAUCCCUCCUUCCCGCAUUUUUCUUACUUAAUCGUUAUUGCGCAACUCGUCCGCAAGAUGCAUCUGGUCUUCAUCUUCUUGCGUUGGUCUGCGAGCGGCUUGGACAUCUAUCUCUCGGAGAAGAGCUCGUGGAGCGGACUAUUGGCAUAUUGGAAACCGCAUACGAGGAGACUGAAGAUCCUGAGGUAGAAUUACGUUACAUCAUCGCAAACGCGACCCUUGGACGCCUCAAACUAUCACAGGGCACGUACUCAGAGAGCGCAACAUUUUUUGAGAGCGCUCUCGGUCUCUUAACGGAGAAAGAGGCCGGAGAAGGCCCGGUGCGGCUGUUGAAGGUGCAAGCAUAUUUGGGCCUGGGGCUUGCUCAUUUCUUCCAAGACAACCUUGAGGAGGCUCUUGGACAUCUGGAAAAUGGUAUGGCGGCUGCUGGGGAUGAUCUGUUUCUUCGCGGGCAGGUGACCAUAGUACUGGCGCAAACAUUAUGGGCGCUCGGGACCGACGAGGCUAAGGAGAUCGCGAAGGCACGGCUUUUAGAGUGCAUUGCUUCGGACCCGGAAAAUCUGCCUGCUAUCAAUACACUAGCAGGUAUGGGUAUAUUGACGAACGAUGAUGGCCUAGUAGACGCUGCGUUGUCCGAGAUCUUGGCGCUACCGCUCGACCAAAAACACCACUUGGACCCACAACGGCACGUGGACUAUUUGCUGAUUCAGCAUCACCUUGCCCAGGGCGCCACUGGAGAGACAAUGUCGAUCGCGCAGCAUUCUGUGAACGCUGAGCCGGGGAGUCUGGACCAAAGGAACAGACUUGCCUCUUUGAUCGUGCAAAGUAGGGAGAACAAAGGCAGCACGAGCGGUGGGCAAGUGCAAAAGAGUGCACUUGCACUUUUAAGCGCGGGGGGUUUAUCGGGAGACGUGGAUGCUGCCGCCGUGGCGCUCAGCAUUCAAGCGGUGAUGCAAGCGUCCUUGAAAGAGAAAGUGGACGUGGGGAACAAGGAGGGAAGGGGGGAUGGGAGUGGUGGUAAUGGUAUGCAGCGCGAUGCAUUGCGGAAAGCUCAGAGAGCGAUUAUGAUGCGACCUUCGGAGAUGCGAGGGUGGCAGACCCUUGCGUAUGUGCGCGCGCGCAGCAUCUCGUAA